AUGGUUGAAAGAGAGGAUGUGCCGAAAGAUUUUAUCAAGCUCAAGUCUGAAAAGCUGUCUGUAGAUGAAGUGUCAGAACUGGUCAUUUCACCAUGCUGUGGGGCAGUGUCUCUUUUCAUUGGUACUACGAGAAAUAAUUUUGAAGGGAAAAAAGUGAUUCGCUUAGAGUAUGAAGCAUAUGCUUCAAUGGCAGAGAUGGAAAUAAAGAAAAUCUGCAGAGAUGUUAGACAGAAGUGGCCAUCAGUCAAACAUAUUGCAAUGCAUCAUAGACUUGGCGUGGUUCCAGUAACAGAGGCAAGUGUAAUUAUUGCAAUCUCGUCUCCACACAGAGCAGAGUCCCUUGAAGCUGUAACACAUUGCAUCAACAGUUUAAAAGCAUUUGUCCCAAUAUGGAAAAAGGAGAUUUAUGAGGACAAGUAUUCUUGGAAGGAAAACAAGGAAUGCUUUUGGACAAAUUCAGAAAAAUAACUGUACUCUUUUAUAAAUAAAGUGUUACUGCUCCUAAUGA